UUAUUGAUUUUUGUUACGGUUCUGAUCUCCCUGAGAUCUAAAUCGUUGUUUGGCUCUGUGUAUUGUGUGCUCACCGUCAGGAUUCAGGAUGAGUGCUCCUCGGCUUCUCUUUACAGGAUCAUGCCCUUCUGCAUCUCUGCUCACCAUCUUCCUCUUCCUGGUUAUGGUAUACACAGCAGUAGUCAGAGCGGAAAUAUCAUAUGGAUCAACAGUUCGGACAGAGCUCAGAGAUCUUUUGCCCCUGUAUGAUUGUCCAGAAUGUUCCAAUAGAAAGGAGCAAAGUCAUACAGGUUCUGCUGCGCGUCCAAAUGAAAAGGAUAUUGACAUAAUUGUAACAUACAGUGAUGCUUCAGGUGCUGUUAGAGCCAUGAGGGUGAAGUCUGAUAACCUUUCAAAGUCAUGGGUCUGGAAAAACCCUAGUGAUGAGAAUGAUGAUGGGAAAGAGAGUUCAAAGGAAUUGGAGGAUCCAUUUCAAAUGGAGAUUAAUUCUGAGAAUAGUAAUCAGCACUCCAAGGAAGAUGUAAACCAGUAUGUGGAUGGUAUGCUACAUCAGCAAGCAUCUAUGCUGCAUCCAAUAAAAAUCCAGCGCAAGAUACAAAGGAAGGAAAGAAGGGAACGGCGGACUGCAGAGCUGAUUCAGCAGGAUAAAGACAUUGACAACCAGAUGCAAAUUGCUGCUAUUGAACGAGCUCAGAAGCUUGAUACAACUAUCAAGGGUAAAUUCAAUAUAUGGAGGAAAGAAUAUGAAAAUCCUAAUUCUGACUCAACCUUGAAACUUAUGCGUGAUCAAAUCAUAAUGGCAAGAGCUUAUGCAACUAUUGCAAAAGCAAAGAAUGAUAGUACUUUGUAUAACUCAUUAAUGAAACAAUCUAGAGAAAGUCAAAUAGCAAUGGGAGAUGCAUCUUCUGAUGCUGAACUGCAGCCAAGUGCAUUGGAGCGAGCAAAGGAAAUGGGCCAUAUUCUCUCCACUGCAAAGGACCAAUUAUAUGAUUGUAUCACUCUAGCAAGGAAAUUAAGGGCCAUGCUUCAAUCUAGUGAAAAAGGUUUAAAUUUGCUAAGGAAAAAGAGUGCAUUCUUGAUACAGCUAGCUGCUAAAACAGUCCCCAGGCCCUUGCGUUGCCUUCCUUUACUUCUAACAACAGACUAUUAUCUACGGGGUUAUGAUGGCAGGGAUUUUCCAAAGAAGGAAAAAUUUGAAGAUCCAUCUCUAUACCAUUAUGCGAUCUUUUCUGAUAAUGUACUUGCUACAUCUGUUGUUGUAAAUUCAACAGUGCUGCAUGCAAAGAACCCCGAAAUGCAUGUUUUCCAUGUAGUAACAGAUAAGUUGAACUUUCCAGCUAUGAAAAUGUGGUUCCUUGCCAAUCCUCCUGCAGGUGCAACAAUUCAGGUUGAGAAUGUAGAUGAUUUCACAUGGCUUAAUGCUUCUUACUGCCCUGUUUUGCGUCAGCUUGAAUCUGCAAGAAUGAUAGAGUAUUACUUCAAGGCACAUCACUCCGCUUCCCUCUCUUCUGGGACUGACAAUCUAAAAUAUAGAAAUCCAAAAUAUUUGUCAAUGCUGAACCAUCUACGAUUUUACCUCCCAGAAGUGUACCCAAAGUUGGAUAAGAUCUUGUUUCUGGAUGAUGAUAUUGUUGUUCAAAAGGAUUUGACUCCACUUUGGUCUGUUGAUCUAGGAGGUAUGGUUAAUGGUGCUGUAGAGACCUGCAAGGAGAGCUUCCAUAGGUUUGAUAAAUAUCUGAACUUCUCCAACCCAAAGAUAUCUGAGAAUUUUGAUCCAAAUGCUUGUGGAUGGGCUUUUGGCAUGAAUAUGUUUGAUUUGAAUGAGUGGAGGAGGCGGAACAUUACAGGAAUAUAUCAUCGUUGGCAAGACAUGAAUGAGGACAGAACACUUUGGAAACUUGGCACAUUGCCUCCUGGGCUGAUCACUUUUUAUAAUUUGACUCAUCCUCUGGAGCGGACAUGGCACGUAUUGGGUCUUGGUUAUGAUCCAGCCCUUAACAAAACAGAAAUGGAAAAUGCAGCCGUUGUCCACUACAAUGGAAAUUAUAAACCAUGGUUGGAUCUUGCCAUCACUAAGUACAGAAUUUACUGGUCCAGAUAUGUAAUGUAUGAUAAUCCAUAUCUUCAAUUUUGCAACAUCAAUGAGUAAUACAAAUUGUUUUAUAUUAUGAAAUUGCUUUAUGAUGAAUC